AAAAUAAAAAAACUAGACGAUGUCAUGAACAAAAAUAGAAAUCGAGGAAAGAAAUAAUUAGAAAGGAAAAAUAAAAAAGAAAAAAGAAAAAAGAAAAAGAGCACUUGUGUUGGCAAAUAUAAUCGACAAAUUUCCCCCAAUUUCUCCACUCAAACCCUCGAACUCAACAAUGGCGAUCUCCACUCUCCAGAAACUCGCCUCCCAAAUUUCCAAAUCACCCUCUCUCUCCGUCUCCUACCGCACCGUGAUUGCGCGCACCUCCGCCACCUCUGCCGCCCGCACCACCUCCGCGAAAGUUUCCGAUCGGAUCAUUAAGCUCAGCGCCAUCGACCCCGACGGCAACAAGCAAGACGUGGUUGGGCUCACCGGCCAGACUCUGCUCAAGGCAUUGAUCAACAAGGGCUUAAUCGACCCCGCGUCCCACCGCCUCGAGGAGAUCGACGCCUGCUCCGCCGAGUGCGAGGUGCACAUCGCGCAGGAGUGGCUCGACAAGCUGCCGCCGCAGUCAUACGAUGAGCAGUACGUGUUGAUGAGAAAUUCGAGGAAUCGCGUCAUGAACAAGCACGCGAGGCUUGGAUGCCAGGUGGUUUUGACGCCGGAAUUGCAAGGUAUGGUGGUCGCCGUCCCCGAGAUGAAGCCGUGGGACACUCCGUAAGGGUUUCGAUUCGAUUCGUGGAGGCUGGAUGUAAGGCGUUCUUUUAAUUUUCAAAUAAUGUGGUUGAAUUCAAUGGAUAUCUGACCGUGAUGAGGGAUAAAUUGGGGAAAUUGUUGUUUUGAAGCAUGUUUACGUUCAAAUUGAAUCAGGUGAUCAGUUUGUUUCCUUUACGCAAUGGGAUUGCACUAGAAUAUGUGCAUAAUAUCAGAUUUUGGAUUUGACAUAAAUUUGAUUAUCUUGUUGAGGUGAA